AUGGCUGUUUUCAAGUGCGGCAGUCGUCCUGCUCAGGGAGGGGCCCCAAUUCUGCUGAGUAUUUGGAAUCGUAUAGUUGGAGGCAAGGAGUCGGAACCUGGAACACACCCUUGGCAGGUUUCUUUGAAACGACGUCAAAUCCAUUACUGCGGAGGGACGAUUAUCAAUGAGAAGUGGGUGUUGACAGCGGCCCAUUGCAUGCGGGGCAGGAACAUCUUGUCCACAUUGAAGGUAACAGCUGGAGAAUAUAACCUGAAGAACUUGGACAAAGAGGAGCAAACUCUAACAGUCAAACGUGCUAUCAUACAUCCCAAAUUCAAGGCUACGUACCCAGUUGAGUAUGAUAUUGCUCUUCUGGAACUCAAUGGCAUCUUCACCUUUGGUGACAAUAUCUAUCCAGCCUGCCUUCCUGCUGAGGAUGACAACUUUGGUACAGGCACCAUUUGCAGUACUGCUGGCUGGGGACGCCUAUCUGAGGGUGGAAGAUUACCAAACACUUUACAAGAGGUUGAGCUUCCCAUUAUUGAUUUUGGGACUUGUUUAAAGGUGAUGCAGUCAGUGAUCAAACGAUUCAAAGGAGAAACACUUGUGUGCGCUGGGUUCCCUGAUGGAAGGCAGGAUGCAUGCCAGGGCGAUUCAGGAGGUCCCCUGAUGUGUCAGGGUGCAGGAGGUGCCUGGACUGUGGCUGGAGUAACAUCAUGGGGGAUGGGCUGUGGUCGCAGCUGGAAGGACAACAGCAACAAAUCACCAAAUAAAAGAGGGACGCCAGGGGUCUUCAUUAAAGUCAAGGCUUUGAAAUCAUGGAUUCAGCAAAACCUGUACAAUGGUUUAAAAGGACAGAGCAGAUCCAUUUUACCUGAGGCAACAACCUGUCUGGUUAGUGAUGGGACAUUAGUUGCAGUAGAAGGUCAUCUAGAUUAACUGGAAAAUCCACAUCAAUACUGUGAAAACAAAAAGGAAGUAUCUGAUCUCUUGAGUUCUCAAUCUGCUCAGAAAUUGCAGCAUCUGAACCAACCACAUCUUAGAAAAGGCAGCAGAAGAGCCCAAAAUUCCAAACUCACCAAAAUCUCCAAACAACUAAUUAAUCAAGGAAUCCUGCCUUUGUGUGUCAUUCCAGGUUGACAAGUGAGCCAAAAUAUUAGAUAACACACUAUUAAUUAUUUCUAUCUUUUCACUAUGUAACUACAUUUUAUAUGAAUGCAUGUAAACCGGUUGUGGUGUUACCCUGGGUGCAGAGAUAGUCUUAUGGUGGAGGUGGAACAUGGAGGUGAGGAGAAGAACACAUGACAAAAGGCAUCUAAGGAUUACGUAGUAUGGCGUGGAUUCGUGCGUGAUGGUUUAUUUGGCCAAUUCAGAGUCUUGUUAGAAUUAGUAGGUUCUACAAAGAUAAGUCAUGCCUGUUCAGUAGUUUGCAUCACAGAAAAAUAGAACACCAUUUUUCUAGGAAUAAUAGACAUGUCUGUCUGUAUGAACCUGAGGAGUGAGGUUAGUGCAAGUAGAAUCAAAGGGACUACUAAACGCCACCUUGGGAUUCUAACAAGGGGGUCAAACCUAGGGAACGUUUUGGGACAAAAAUUACAAGCCCACUGAGGAGAAUGUGGUAAUUUCAAACACUUUAAAUGAAUUUACCUUGCAUGGAGCAAGGCCAAGGCUAAAAGCAUAUGAAAGAAAAGCAAGAGCAUAGUAUAAGAACAUAAGACAUCAGAAAUAGGAGCAGGAGUUGAGCCUGUUCCACCAUUCAAUAAGAUGGCUGAUCUUUUCAUGGACUCAGCUCCAUUUACCUGCCUGCUCACCACAAUUCUUAAUUCAUUUACUGUUCAAAAAUCUAUCAAUCUUUGCCUUAAAAAUAUUCAAUAACAAAGACAUUGGUGCUGCUGUUGGCUACACUGACAUGGUCAGUCAUUUUGCAGUUGUGUAUGUAACCACCCAAGAUGAACUCUAACACAUGGGGCAACGAA